AUGGCGUCAUACGAGGCUCUUUAUGGCAGGAGGUGUAGGACUCCUCUCUAUGGGGAAGCGGUGUUGCUUGGACAAGAAUUGUUAGAGCAGACCACUGAGAAAUUGAGAACGGUGAGGAACAGGAUGCAGGCUUCUCAGUGUAGGCAGAAGGCCUAUGCAGACCGUAGGAGGAGACCUCUGGAGUUCGCAGUUGGUGAUCAUGUAUUCCUGAGGGUGACCCAUACCACGGGCGUGGGAAGGGCUCUCUGCUCAAGGAAGGUUUUGCCCAAGUUCCUUGGCCCUUAUCAAAUCACGAGGAGGAUUGGGCCGGUGGCUUACGAGAUAGCCUUACCCCCGCAAUUGCCGAACCUUCAUCCAGUGUUUCAUGUCUCACAGUUGAGGAAGUACGUGUUUGACUCAGCGCAUGUGUUGGAAGCCGAGGAUAUACAGAUCAAGGAAGACCUCAUAGUGGAAGUACCACCCGUCGCUCUAGAGGAUAGCAAAGUUGAGGAGCGCCGAGGAAAAGAAGUCCGCCUGGUUACAGUUAUCUGGGAUCAGAGAACGGGUGACUCGACUUGGGAGUUGGAGGAGGAUAUGAGGAAAUCACACCCACAUCUUUUUGCCUGGUGUCGCAACCUAAAUCGCGGUGGGACAACGAACUAA